AUGUUGUGUAUGUUUCUACUCCCUUUGCUCUUCAUUUCCGUGGAUUCACAUGGAUUCCAUGGAUCGGAAAGGUGUAAAGUAGGCUAUACUUGAGAAAAAUACUGCCAAAAAUUUUUCAAUUUGUAUAUUUGGUUUGUUUUCAGCAAUGCAUUCCCGGCCUGAAAUCGAGCCGCAUCCUGGCCCAAACUCUUCGUCGUUACAAUCGACUCGCCCCGGAUAUCUGCAACAUGGAAUUGCUGCUGAUCGACGAUUCUGUUGAAGACGGAGACGUAAGUAACUGAACAUAUAUUUUUAAGGGUUUUCGUAAAAUUUUGGCAAAAACCACAAAAUCCAAAAAUCUAAAUUUAAAGACAUCAAAAAAUUUAAUCAAAAGAAUUUUCGUUUUUAGUCUGUUCCCGACUUCUACGCCUAUCACAGCGACGCCGACUUGAUCGGAUGGUCGAAAGAUUUGGUGGACAAUCCGGCUAAACGACAUGUUGCAUUGCUCUCCUACAAGGAUCACAGAUUUCUCCUGCAUGAGAAAUUUAUACUGCAAGGCGUGGAGGAGAUGCCGCAGAAAUAUGGUAUGUUAAAGAGAGGAUGUUUAUCCUGUGCUUUGAAGAAACUAUUGAGAUUUUUUAGACCAAAAGCAGUAAAAAUUUGCAAUUAUUUCGCUGAUUUUCGGCAUUUCAGAAUGGCGUCAUAUCACCUUUAAUAAUGUGCAGGGAUUUGUUAUCGUUGUGAAGGCCGCGGAGACAAUUCAUCUGUUCACCUGCGGAGUCGUGGACCUUGAAUUUGUUUACAAUAAUCUGUAUUCGUUCUGCGAACAUUUCAAAGCCAGAUAUAAGAGCCGAGGAAUUCCGACUUCAAUCGAUGUAAGGAAAAAGCUGCAUUCGUAGUUGAAAAAACAAUCGUUUUUUUAGAUUACUGAAGAAAAUAAAUUGAAAAUUUUUCACGGAGAUGACGUGCAGGUAUGGAACUACAAAAGAGCGGAGAAAUUUUACAAGUCCCUUGUUCCUGAAUCCCCACCUUCAAAGAAGGGCUUCGCGUUUGAUGGAGGACACCUUGGGGAGCGGUAAGUUAACAAAAUUUUCGAAAUUCACAAAAGUUUUUAACAAAAUUCACUAAAAAAUGAGGAAAACUUUUGGUACACCUCCGAUCUUUUUCAUGUUCGGCGCAUUGCUUCAGAAUAUGCCACAUAUCAAUUUUUGAAUAUUUUGGCGCAUAAUUGAGACUCACAGCUAGAGAAUUACGCAAGCUUUUUUCCGAGAGAGCAUACAAAGUUAGGAGAGAAGCCAGAGAAUUUUUUUUCGCUAUUUCUCUGAGUUUCGAUCGGAAAUUUCUUUUAUGAGAUUUAUAUUCUUAACUACUGACUUCUAGCUUUUUUUAUUUCAGUAUCUGCACGCCGAAAUUAAUUCAAGAGUACAAACCAAAAUAUCUGGAAGACUAUCCGUUUGUGAAUCCCAGCGAACGCAUGAUCCAAAUUUCGGUAAGGAUUUUACAUCUUUUUGAGAAUUUUUAUAAAAAAUUUUUUAAGAUUUCUGCACGGUGCAAAAAGUUUUUUUGAUUAUUUUUUUCUCAUUGACUCGCUUUUUUUAAUUUUUAGCAAAGCUUUCGACUUUGUGAAUUGGUUGGCAACUGCCCGAAACCAUGUUUGCACGAAGAGACUUCACCAAGAGAGUAAGGCUUUUUGAUACAAAAAAUCACGAUUUCGGUUUUUCCUCAAAAAGUAUUAUUUUUUUUCAGCAAAAUCAUCGACGUCAUUGCUAUGUUCCUCACGAUCCUGCUCAGCAUCAUCACCAGCUGCCUAACUUUUGGCUAUUGCUUUUUCUGCAUCGGCGUCAUUCCGCCCUUCUUCACCUACGUUUUCCUGGAAACCAAAUCGCGGCGUCUGAGACGGGAGCUCGGGAAGGGAGGAUUUUCGAGCAUUUCGAUCAACGAAGAAGAGGAAGAGGCCUACAUGGAGCUCAAACAGAGACGGAGUCCGGAAGUCAAGUUCCCGAUCGCGACCCCAAAACAAAGACAACGGCAAGAAAAGGGUGUCCAUGUGAGCUCGAAGAAAUCGGAAAAUGUGAAAGGAUUGGGAAAGAAGAAGGCCUUGGCAGAUGAGAAGCCCAAUAAGGAAUCAAAAAAAGAGGAGAAAACACAAAUGAAAACAGAAGUUAAUGUUGUACAUGAAAUAGAGGUGAAACAAAGUGAAAAGUAAGUUGGAGAACACUCAAAGGGAGUUUGGAAAAUAAGGAUUGACUCGAUUUUGGUUCAAUUGAGCGUUUUUCCAUUGGAAAAAAAUUUCAAAACAUAAGUUUUAGAAAGCUUGGUUUUAGUCAUGUGUAAUAUAAUUAAUAGUAAAAAUCAGAAAUUACCACGACUCCGGAGCCGGCUCUCCAACUCUGAGCGGCUCCGAGCCGGGAGCCAGAGCCGGAGCCGGAAAUUUUGGAUGCGGUUCCGGCUCCCGAGCAAAUGGCUUGAAAGAUACUGCGGAGGAUGUGUUGCGUACGACUUAGCUGCAAAAACGGUGGCUUCAUGAUCCCUGGGACUAAUAACUUUUAUUUUUGGAAAAAGAUUUAAAAAAAAAUUUUUUGCGCAGGAACCGGGAUUCGGAGCCGGAGACCUUUUUAAAUUUUGAACGGAGUCGGGAGCCGGAGCUCCAAAUUUGGCCUCGGCUCCGGCUCUGGGAGCUAAGGGCCGGAGCCGAAAUUUUGUCGUGACAAUCUCUGGUAAAAAUCUUUGUCGAUGAUUUUUGAGUCGAAAAAAUAACAGGUAACCUAAAAGGAUUAGACAGAUUUAUUCAAUGAAAAUUUGGAGGAAUUUGACUGUUAACUUGAGCUAUAAUUUUGAAUUUUCAGGAGCUUCACGAUGCCCUCCUCUUACGGAAUGGAUAACACCCAGGGAGAAAGUGUCGAAGCCCAUGACCUCACUACGACCACAGUCGAACAGGUCGAUCAUUUCACAACCCCCACUAAAUACAGCGGAGUGGAUCCUGCUCCUACAACCUCCAAAUUUAUUCCGAAGUCCUCAAAGUCCGCCAAAUCCUCGAAGAAGAAAGAUAAGAAUAACAGCUCAAAAUUUAUUCCGAAGUCCGCAAAGUCCGCUAAGUCUUCACAGAAGAAAGAUAAGAAUAACAGCUCCAAAUUUAUUCCCAAGUCUGCAAAGUCCGCCAAGUCCUCAAAGAAGAAAAAUAAGAGUAAUGUGCAAGGAAAUUAA